CGCACCCCACCCCACCCUCCCAGAUCCUGUAUCUCCUCCCCCAGCCUCAUCCCCGGUUUGUUUGGCAACACUGUGUCCUUUACAUAACCAACUCUGUUGACUCGACAUCGAUUCGUCAACAAGGAAAGCAAACAUCGCGGUUUAUAUCUGAGCUCAGACCGGACCUCGGCUCUUCCUCUGCUCGGACACUCCGGCGACAGACAUGGACGUCGGACCCCGCCGCUCUGUAAUCCUGUGGCUGGCGCUGGCCGCCCUGCUGGGCCCGGUGCUGGGCCUGGGUGAGGACCUGGAUCGGCCUCUAUUCGGCCCCCCAGGCUCCCCUAUCCGCUUGCAGGAGUCCGACCUGGGGCUGCAGAAAGCCCUGCAGUUCGCCGAGGAGCGCUACAACCUGGGCUCCAACGCCAUGCACGUCCGCAGAGUCAGCAAGCUCAUCUCGGCCAGCAAGCAGCUGGUGAAGGGUAUCCGCUACACCAUAACAGCAGAGCUGAGUAACACUCAGUGUAAGAAGUCUUCUGUGCUCAGAACUUGUGACUUCUAUCCUGAGCAACACAAACUCAAGACGGAGGUGUGUGUGUUUGAAGUCUGGGACAUUCCCUGGCAGGGCACUUCGACUCUGCUGAAACAGAAGUGCCAGCCUGCAGUCGAGCGUCAACUCAAAGAGACCAACAAGGUAGAGGAUCCAUCCACCAGCGAGCCUGUGGAGCCGGAGUCUGUGGAGCUUUUGGGCCAGUUCAAAGAGUUCAUGAUCAAAUACAACAAGGUGUACAGCAGCCAGGAGGAGGCAGACCAUCGUUUGAAGAUCUUCCACCAGAACCUGAAGACCGCUGAGAAGAUCCAGUCUCUGGACCAGGGCUCUGCUGAGUAUGGAGUCACCAAGUUCAGCGACCUUACUGAGGAGGAAUUUCGCUCUACGUACCUGAACCCCCUCUUGAGCCAGUGGACUCUCCAUCGACCAAUGAAACCAGCCCCUCCUGCGCGUGGCCCCGCCCCCGCCAGCUGGGACUGGAGGGAUCAUGGAGCCGUCAGUCCUGUUAAAAACCAGGGCAUGUGUGGAUCCUGCUGGGCGUUUUCUGUCACAGGCAACAUUGAAGGCCAGUGGUUCCUGAAAAAUGGGACAUUGCUGUCACUGUCGGAACAAGAGCUGGUGGACUGUGAUAGGCUGGAUCAGGCAUGUGGAGGAGGGCUGCCAUCAAAUGCUUAUGAAGCCAUUGAGAAGCUGGGUGGCCUGGAGACAGAGAUUGACUACUCCUACAAAGGACACAAGCAGAGCUGUGACUUCAGCAGCGGGAAGGUGGCCGCCUACAUCAACAGCUCUUUGGAGCUGCCCAAGGAUGAGGGAGAAAUCGCCGCCUGGUUGGCUGAGAAUGGGCCGGUCUCUAUGGCCCUGAAUGCCUUCGCCAUGCAGUUCUACAGGAGGGGCGUGUCUCACCCUUUGAAGAUCUUCUGUAACCCCUGGAUGAUCGACCACGCCGUGCUGCUGGUGGGAUACGGCGAACGUCGAGGCAUUCCAUUCUGGGCCAUCAAAAACAGCUGGGGAGAGGAUUACGGCGAGCAGGGUUACUACUACUUAUACAGGGGAUCCAAUCUGUGUGGCAUCAACAAGAUGUGCUCAUCUGCACUCAUCAACUAAACCACAGAUACACACAUAAAUGCACACCACAGCCACUGGACCCCACUGUUACACCGGUCACACACACACACACACACACACACACACACACACACUUGAUCCAGAGUGCAUGAAAAUAGUGGGUGAGAUACACACUAAGUCCUGCUUCCGUUACUCAUCGCUCAGACCAGGUUAACAGUAUUGCUUUUCCAUACCUCACACUUCAUGACAAUUUACCAAAACAUACCAGCUCUGAUGAAGCUAGUUUUGCUGUGUUUGAUCGUGAUUUUGAAGUAGAUUGUGUUCAUUUAUUUCCAUUAUAUCUUCAGGUCAUAAUACUUGCUGUGUUUUAGACAGUGUUGGUUUUUAACUCAUCUUUACAGCAGCUGAGCCUGUGUUUGACAAAAGGGGAUGCACUACCUGUACUUAGACCUCUGUCUUGUCUGUUUUCCUUAAUGUUAUGUUACCAGUGUUUGCGCUAAUGUCCAGUGAUACCCCGAAUAGGUUUUAUUGGCCUGCAUUAGUAGAGCACGCAAUGCAGCAAAAAUGUUCCCCUGAUUCGACUUGGUAGAGGUUUUAAGGUUUGUUACGAAAAGUGUUAGGAUUUGAAAUAACUGCUGUAGUUAAGUGGGAAAUGAAUGAAGGUUGAAUUAAAGAAGUGUAGAAUCCUAUCCUUUA